AUGCUUUACAAAUCUAUCAUUCUGGCUCUCGCCGCUGCUACUACCGUUGCUGGUCACGGAGCUAUUGUCAAGGCUGUAGGAGACAUGGGUGGUUCUGGACAAGCUCUUGGUGUUGUGGACGGCACUCCUCGCACUGGCACAAAGAAGGACCCUAAUCAACUAGAUUCUACACGCUUCAAGAACGAAGCUGCAGACCAAUGUGGAGAGACUCUCGGAGGUGGAACCAACAACCCUGCCGCUCAAGUUCCUGCCAUGAUCGCCGCCAAUCCAGGAGCUAUGCCGCAAAUCUCUGCUGGUGGCAUGGUUAUGAUGACUCUUCACCAAGUCAACGGUGAUGGAGCUGGACCAUACACGUGCAUGAUGGAUGCCACCGGUACUGGUAACGGACCAUGGACAAUGAUGCAAGUUGCCACCAACGUUCCGGGAACCAACUCCAGAAGCAAGGCCAAGGCCACCGAUUUCCCUCUCACUGCUAUGGUCCCAGCCGACCAGACCUGCACCGGAUCUAUGGGUGGUCAAGAUGGCAUGUGCAUGGUCAAGUGCAUGAACGAUGCCAAUGCUGGGCCCUUCGGUGGAUGCGUCCCAGUCCAAAUGGGAGGUACCAAUGCCACCAACCCCCCGCCUCCACAGAAACGGUCCCUCAAGUCCAAGGUCCUCCGAGCAUAG